AUGGCGACUGCUUGGCGAGUCAAAUCGGCGUUCAGCCCCUCCUGCUUCUCUCCCUCUUCCUCGAUUUCCUUGACCUUGGCCCCUUUGUCUUCUUUGUCUCCCUCGUGUAGUAUCGCUUCUGCGCGAGCUCCUUCGUCUCGUGUUUCUGUGAAAUCCGAGCACCAAGGGCCUUCCCCUCUCUCUUCUCCGCAUUCGCGCUCGGCCUUUUCUGCCUCGCCGUUCCUCCGCUGGAACGCAAAGGCGGUCGUCCUCGGGCGUCCAGAUGGCUCCCAGUCUUCUCGCCUGCUUUUCUCCACAGCAGUCUGGCGACCUCGGCGUCGGCCCCGCAGGCUCCUCCCAGCAGACGCGUCCCUCUGGCGCGGGGCGGCGCCCGAGUGGGCCCGAACCGAAGGCGGCCCCGCGAUCGGGGCCCCGGGCCCAGAGCGCGGCGCGCCGACUCCGACCGCGCCCGAGCCGAACGCGGGGGCGCGUCUCGACAGAGCCCUGAGGGACACCGGCGCCCUGGACGGAAACGGCACGGAAAUCAAGGGCCCGUUCGCCCUGGCGCUGGCCUUUGCGGCGAUUCUCUUCCCGUUCCUUGGAAUCUCCGACCGGCAAGGCCAGAGCCGCGCCGAGGCGUCUCGCGCGUCGGCUGUCUCCAAGCCUCCCUCCGCAGCGCGCUCGUCUCCCGCCACGUCUUCGGGGCUCGUCGGAGCGCUCCUCGCCCCGUCCCCCUCGGCCUCGCCCGCUCUCUGUGCGGAGAAACACGCCUCUUCUCCGCCCGCGCCAAGCGCGCCUUCGGGGGCUUUGUGUGACGCCCCGUCUCCGGCCUCUCCUUCUGAUUCCGAGGCCUCGGAUCCGGCUCUUUCUGACGCAGCCGCCUCGGAUUCGAUCUACCAGGAGCUGUGCGCGGACUCGUCCCUGCAGCUGUUCACAGGCACGGCGCACCCUGAGCUCGCGCGGGAGAUUGCGGCGCACCUGAACGUGACGCUUGGGAGGACCCAGCUGGGACGGUACGCAGAUGGCGAGGUGGUGAUCCAAAUUCUCGACGAGGUCCGGGGCAAAGACGUUUUUGUCAUUCAAAGCACACCCGCAGCAGGCGGCGACGUCCACACGUGCCUCGUUGAGUUGUUUCUCCUCCUCACCGCCAUUCGCAGGGCGUCGGCGAAGCGCAUUAUCGCUGUGCUUCCCUGCAUGCCUUAUGACCGCGAGACGGAGUUGACUCACGGCGACGACAUUCUGACGCCCAUGGCUGCAGCGGAUCUGGCCAUUCUUCUUCAGGUAUGCGGCGCAGACGGGGUCAUGUUUGUGGACAUCCACAACCCGCGCAUGGAAGGCUUCUUUACCUCGCCCUCGGGCCCGCCGCUGCCGAUGACAAACAUCCAGCCUCACCGCCUCGCCGUCAAGUACUUCCAGAAGAAGGAUCUCGUGCGGCCCGUGGUCGUCGCCACAGACAACACAGCCGGCGAGAAGGCCAUGGCCUUCUGGACGCUCUUGAAGAAGAACGGAAUCAGCGCCGGUUUCACCACCAUGGUGUGUGAUGCUCCGAAGCGGGAGGUGCGAGAAGGCUCUCCCAUUCUCUUCUCCAAUGUUGGGGAGCGGCCGGCGAGUUCCUGCGAGGGCGAGAAUAACCGCAUGGCGUUGAACCACGUGGGAAACGUCGAGGGCUGUGACUGCAUCAUAGUGGACGACAUCAUCGACACCGGGGAGAAGGCAGCGGCGACCGCGAAGGAGUUGCAGGCUGGCGGCGCGCGACGAAUCUUCAUGCUCGCCACGCACGGCGUCCUCUCCAAGGGCUCUGUAGACCGGAUCAACAAAAGCCCGAUCCAGGAAGUUGUUCUCACCAACACUGUGCCGAUUCCGCCGCACAUCUUCUGCGAGAAGCUAGUCGUUCUGUCUGUGGGAAAACUCAUGGCUGAGGCCAUCAAGCGCGUGCAUGCGGAGGAGUCGCUUUCGAAUUUAUUCGAUUGCCGCACGGUGGCGGCGCAGCUCCCUGAGCGGAACACGUCCAAGUAG